CGCUGCGGGACUGCCAGGAUUCUGUAGUCAUGAUUUCAGUUGAGUAAAAUGAGUGUAUGGCUAUUCACGUUGUCCUGUCAGCCUUUUUUAGGCCUGGCAGGAUGCUGGACUUGCUCUAUCCACGACUAGUAAUGAGGCCUGCAAGAUGUUUGAUGCCAUACUGACUCAGUAUGCAACAUGGGCCAGUGAUCAGAGCCUAGGAGGCAUUGAGGGAUGUCUCUCCAAGUUAAAUGCAGCAGAUCCAAAUUUUACAAUGGGACACGUGAUUGCUAACGGCUUGGAUCUGGUUGGUACUGGAACUUCAGUGCGGUUAGAUAAAGAGCUGGACAGUGCAGUAAAGAAGAUGGUGGCUCUCUCAAAAUCACAGUCAUUGACUGAAAGGGAGAAACUACAUGUGUCUGCAGUAGAUUUAUUUGCACAUGGGCAACUUCCCAAAGCUUGUGCAGUAUGGGAGCAGAUUCUACAGGACCACCCAACUGACAUGCUAGCGCUCAAAUUUUCCCAUGACACUUAUUUUUACCUGGGCCAUAGUAUUCAAAUGCGAGACUCUGUUGCCCGUGUUUAUCCUCACUGGUUACCUAAUAUUCCUCUGAGCAGCUAUGUGAAGGGGAUGUUCUCUUUUGGACUGAUGGAAACUAACUUGUUUGAUCAGGCUGAAAAGCUUGCCAAUGAGGCUUUAGCUAUCAAUCAGAUGGAUGCAUGGUCUGUCCAUACCAUAGCACACAUAAAUGAAAUGAAAGCAAACUUGAGUAAUGGGCUGACAUUUAUGAAGCAAACUGAAACCAACUGGAAGGACUCUGAUAUGCUUGCUUGCCAUAAUUACUGGCACUGGGCUCUGUAUUUUAUUGAAAAGGGUGACUAUGAGGCUGCUUUGACGAUUUAUGAUAAUCAUAUUGGUCCCAGGUGUGCAGCAAGUGGAACUAUGCUAGAUGUGGUUGAUAACUGCUCUAUGCUGUACCGGCUUCAACUAGAAGGGGUAAAGCUGGGAGACAGGUGGAAUGAAGUUCUCCAGUUAACAAAGCAGCACACGAAAGAUCACAUUCUGAUUUUCAAUGAUGUCCAUAUUUUGAUGUCUUCCCUGGGAGCCAAAGACCACAAAACCACCAGUGAGCUCUUAACAACUCUUCAGGAACUGGCCAAGGAACCUGGGGAAGAUCAUGAGCUUGGCCUGGCUUUACAGCUGGGAUUGCCACUUUGCCAAGCCUUUGUAGAGUUUGACAAUGGAAAUUAUGACAACGCAGUAGAACUACUUUAUCCAAUUCGCUACCAGAUCCUGCAGAUAGGCGGCAGCAAUGCUCAAAGAGAUAUCUUCAACCAGUUGUUGAUCCAUGCUGCGAUUAACUGUAAAUCUAAAACUUACCAGAGACUGGCAAGGUGCCUCUUGAUGGAACGUGAUGCACUGAGACCAAAUUCGCCGUUGACUGAGCGGCUUAUUCGGAAGGCAUCAGCUGUUCAUGCAGUGGCUUGAAUCUCUCUCAUUCAGAUGAAAUCAUGAUUAGCACUGUUAAUUAGUGGAUUCCCAUGGAAUUAAAGGAAUCAAAAUGGGGGGAAUUACUAGUAGCCUUAUAAGCCAUAUCAGAUCUCCUGCUUGCCUGAACUUUGGAAUGCUCUUGUAGGUGAUUCAGCAUUGAUGCUUAACUUCCUGGAGCAUCUCCAGUCCUAACAAGAAAUUGGCUUAGUUGUGCCUGGGAAAAGGCAGCAGUAGCAGGAAAAGUAGAGGUCUAUCAAUCCUUUGUUUAAAACCUGCUGAGCCAUCACUUUCUAGAAAUAUGGAUGGUUUCUAUACCUUUUGGGUUGUGAGAUAACAGUCCUCUAGACCGGCUGUCAAAUUAUUUCUUGGCUUUGCUAUUCUAGUCCAUAAAUAGGAAAGGGUGAACAUUCAAACUGCUUUUCAAGAAAAUAAAACAUUAAAUGGGAUCCAUUAGAGAAGUCUGGGUGGUGCCAGAGGUAUAGGAAGCAUACAAGACAGCAUUGGCCCACUGUUACAUCUCAGCACAAAGUUAUGGGCCAAACCUUGCGCUUUUUCCCCAUUGCCACAAGACAAGAGGUCCUGGCCUCACAGAACUACUGCUGAAGUGGGAACAGAAGUUGGGAGCUAUAUAUCUCCCUCAAGUUCUGCCCCAUGCGCAGAGUGGUGAGGAAACAGAUAUGAGAUUUGAAGCAGUGAAUGAUUGUAGUGGUGGAUCCACUGAUGGCCAAAGGGUCCCUCAAGUCCCUGGCUUGCAGUAAGGGCCUGCAUCACAACAUGCACAGCACUCCGCACACAGUCUUUUGUUCUUGGCCUGCAUGCUGAUUCCAGAAGUUGUCUUUCAGUUCUUCAAAGACACUUUGCAUUGCUGUCUAUCUAAGAUUAUGUCUGUAUGAUAUUCUUUGCCAUGGUUCCUCUAAAGAUUUUACUGCUUGUUUCUGUUAUUGCAUCUUUAAUGGAAAUUUAAAAAUCAAGGUGAUUUUUAUACUUAUAACGCUGCACACUUUUAUAACAAAUCUAAUAAGGAGUAAUGACAGUGGGGAACAAUAGUUGAAGUCUGCUGGCAAUCUAUUAAGUGUUCAUGUGAUCUUUAUUGCAGUUGCAUUUUGGUACAUUACUGACAAUUGUAGGUAAAAUUCAUUCUUACAUUUUUGUAUUGCCCUUUUAUUUAUAUAAUUCUGUGGCAGGGAAAUGACUACCUACAUGUAUGGAACUGUGAAGUUUUUGCAUAAAUGUUUGGAUCCAAUUCAA